AUGUGCUGGCCGUCAUGGAAGAAAGCUUUCCGGAACUACUUAAUUGCGUCUGGUUUGGACAGCGAGUCCAGCGGUCGACGGAAGGCUAUCCUUUACCAUUGCCUUGGUUCGGAAGGCCAGAGAAUAUUCGACCUGUUACCUCUACCUGAUUCGCCUGCUGCCACGUCAGUGGGUUCCACGAGCACGGUACCAGAUGAAAUGGAAUUUGCCCUGCAAGUUUUGGAUGCCCAUUACGCUUCUGCGGUCAACCCCAUUGCUGAGCGACACAGGUUUCGCCAUCGCCGUCAGCUACCCAGUGAGGCCAUCGACGACUACGUCAUUGCGCUUCGAGAACUUGCCAGUACCUGUGACUUUGGAACGACACUGGACUCUAUGCUCCGCGACCAGAUUGUAGAGUCAACCAAUAUUCCACAUCUACGCGACCGUCUUCUCCUAGAAGGGCAUUCCCUUACGCUGAACCGGACGCUCGCACUGGCUCGGCAAUUUCAACAGGCGCAGAAGGAGUCCCGAGAAUUUACAGUUGAAACGCAGCAAGAUGAGGUUCAACGAAUAACGAGACAGGUGCAUGGGAAGUUACUUCAAGGGGCUCAACGCUACAGCAAACGCACGACAGGCAAAACUCAAUGCUUUCGUUGCGGCUCUUCUAAUCACCUAGCAAAUUCCUCGGCAUGCAAGGCCCGGAACCAAAGAUGUUUCUUAUGCAAUAAAACGGGGCAUUUCCGUUCAGUUUGCCGUUCUGCAGGACACCUACGAGAGUUGACUAGCGAAGAGCCUGCCCAGGAUUCUCCUUCUUGUGCUGAUGCCCAGACUGUUCUGCACCUGGAACGUGGCGUUACUAAGAAGAAACCUGGGAUUUUCAUCACCUUGACAGUAUCGGAUAUAGACAUACGUUUCCUCAUUGAUACUGGAUCAUCCGUAUCGAUAAUGUCCGCUGACACCUACCAGACGCAUUUUUCAGCAAAGCACCCCUUGAAACCGCCGUCCGUAAAUCUGUAUGACUUCUCCAAGCACUGCAUUCCUGUUCAAGGAUGCUUCACGGUGACGGUGUCCUUCGCCGAUCGUUCUGCACACCUGACCUUCUACGUAGUGUCCCACGGGACUACCCUUUUGGGGAUGGAUGCUGUCACAUCUUUGGAUCUAUGCAUCGACGGCAUGAGUCACACCUGCUUCAGUACUACGACGUCGGCUCCUUCUGUACCGCCAGGUAUUUCAGUUGAGUUCGGGCACCUUUUCGACGGAGCUCUUGGGCUGUGCAAGAAUUACAUCCACAAGGUGAAGACGCGCCCUGAUGUGAAGCCUGUUGCUGGGAAGCUACGCAGACUACCUCUCACUGUACGUCAACAAGUUUCCGAGGAAUUACGCCGUUUGGAGGAGCAGGAUGUGAUUGAGAGAGUGACAGCCUCGGAAUGGGUCUCGCCAAUAGUUGUGGCGAAGAAAAAGGAUGGUUCCAUUCGGUUAUGCGUGGAUCUUCGUGAACCGAACAAAGCAGUCGUGCCGGACUGUUUUCCGUUGCCACAUACUGAUGAGCUGCUAAACGCAUUAGCCGGCGCUACAAAGUUUUCAAAGCUUGAUUUAUCAUCGGCGUACCACCAAGUGCCUCUUCACCCGGAUAGUAGAGACCUAACUGCCUUCAUUACUCAUGAUGGUCUUUUCCGUUUCAAGCGAGUAUGCUUUGGACUUGCCUCUGCACCAUCGGCAUUUCAACAUAUGAUGUCACUUGUACUGAAAGGUUGUAAGGGCGUGCUCUUCUAUAUCGAUGACAUCAUCAUCUACGGACGGACUGAAGAGGAGCAUCAGAAGAACCUUUACCGCGUACUGCAACGUUUGUCUGCUGAAGGACUGAAGUUAAACCAUAAAUGCGUCUUCGACGUUUCAGAACUUUCCUUCUUGGGACACGUUGUUAAUUGUCAAGGACUGUUACCGCAGGCAUCUGCAAUUGAGGCUCUGCAAUGCGCUCCCGCCCCAACAGACUUGAAGUCUCUACGUUCUUUUCUUGGAUUAGCAGGGUAUUAUUCGAAAUUUAUUUCGCACUACGCUGAACUGGUGGAACCGAUGCGAGAACUCCUUCGAGACUCCAAGCCAUUCAUAUGGACGUCAAGUGCGGAUGAAAGUUUCAAGAAAGUGAAGUCGGUGCUCAGCUCCUGUCCAGUCCUCCACAUGUUUGACCCACGACUCCCUGUGAUCGUGGCGACGGAUGCUUCGUCUUACGGACUGGGCGCCGUCUUGCAGCAACUUAAAGGGGACCAGGUUCGCACAGUUGCGUUUGCUUCUCGCACGUUGUCUCCCCUGGAGAGGAAGUAUUCGGUUGGAGAACGUGAAGCGCUUGCUUGCCUGUGGGCAUGCGAGCGCUGGCAUGUCUACCUUUGGGGACGCCCGUUUACUCUGCGUACAGACCAUCAAGCGUUAGUGACGCUUCUUGGGGCCCAAGGUACAGGCCACAGACCUCUUCGAAUUUCCAGAUGGUCUGCGAGGCUACUUUACUACAACUUCAAAGUUGAAUACAAGAAGGGAGCAGAAAACUACGUAGCGGACGCUCUAUCCCGGCUACCGUUACCAUCACAGCAAGAAUUUGAAGAGGAGAUAGUGUGCACCGUCUCCAAUCCGAUCUCCAAGGGAGAGCUCCAAGAUGCUACUCGACUCGAUCCUGAAGCUAGUGCAGUUAUCAACGCACUUGAAGGAGGCUCGUGGCCACCGCGUGCUGAGAUGUCUCGAAGCAUGACCCCGUAUCACCGUUUUCGAGACGAGCUUUCUGUUGUAGAUGGACUGCUGUACCGUGGAGAACGCAUCGUUGUUCCGCAGGCGUUAACAUCUAAGAUUCUCACUCUCGCGCACGAAACCCAUCCGGGAAUUGUGCGGACAAAGCAGAGACUCCGAGAUCUCUACUGGUGGCCUGGAAUGGACGCACAAGCUGAAAAGAUGGUGCGUGACUGCUCUACCUGUCAAUCCACUGACAAGUCUGCCAGGACAGCGCCUUCACCUUUACACCCGGUCCCAUUUCCGGCCAAGCCAUGGGCAAAGUUAGGUGUAGACAUCGUCGGACCGUUGGAGGACUGCCCUCACUCCUGUCGCUACGCCAUUACCCUAAUUGACUACCAUAGCAAGUGGCCGGAGGUUUCGUUUGCAUCAACUGUAACAACCGCCACAGUAGAAACGUUUCUCCGGCAUGUUUUCAGUCGCGAGGGUUUUCCUGAAGAACUAGUCACUGACAAUGGCCCGCAAUUUGUUUCAGCAGAAUUUAAAAAAAUUCUUCAAGAUCGUGGCAUUCGUCAAACGACAGUUUCAGUGUACUACCCACAAGCAAAUGGCCAAGUGGAGCGUUUCAAUCGUGUUUUCAAGGACGUCAUUCAAGUUGCAAAACUUCGUAACAAGGACGUGAAAUCAGCAGUUCUCGAGUACCUCACCGUAUAUAGAAGUACCCCUCAUGCUACCACGGGUGUUUCACCGUCAGUUCUCCUUCACGGCAGGGCCAUACGAACUCGCCUAAAUGUGGUGGGACUUGAAGGGCAGUCAGUCGACGUGGACAUGCCGAAAGUCCGGCAGCGGGUGGAGUGUAAGCAGUCAAAGCAGAAGUUAUACACUGACUCUAAACGAUCUGCUAAGUGUCGAAUAUUCACUCCCGGUACCUACGUUCGAGUGCGCCUUCCUGGUCGACGAAAGAAGGGGCAUCCGAAUUUUUCGCCGCCGUUGAAGAUAAUUGCUCCACGAGGACCACUUUCCUAUCUGUUGGAGGAUGGCAAAGUAUGGCACUCGUCCAAAUUUACGAAACACCACGGCGCAGAGAGGUUACCUGCCCAGCGUAUGGAGGAGCAGAAGGAACAGCCGUUCAUCACUAGCUCUUGGUGGGCAAUCACCGAGCAAGCUUCUUCACAUCCUCCGCUUGUGCCAGAAGUGCCAGCCCCCGGCACUGUUCAGGAACAAGAACAAGGGCCACAACUUCGACGGAGCAAACGCCAACGUACCGCACCCGAGCGCUACCCGGACACUAGAAAGCCGUAG